AUGGGAAGCAAGGCUCUGCCAGCCCCCAUCCCGCUGCACCCGUCCCUGCAACUCACUAACUACUCCUUCCUCCAGGCUGUGAACACCUUCCCCGCAGCUGUGGACCAGUUGCAAGGUCUGUACGGACUCAGCGCCGUGCAAACCAUGCACAUGAACCACUGGACAUUGGGCUACCCCAAUGUGCAUGAAAUCACCCGCUCCACCAUCACGGAGAUGGCGGCCGCGCAGGGCUUGGUGGACUCCCGCUUCCCUUUCCCCGCGCUCCCCUUUGCCACGCACCUCUUCCACCCCAAGCAAGGAGCCAUCGCGCACGUCCUCCCAGCACUGCACAAGGACAGGCCCCGCUUUGACUUUGCCAACCUGGCCGUGGCCGCCACGCAGGAGGACCCCCCCAAGGUGGGGGAGCUCGCCAAGCUGAGCCCCGGACUGGCCUCGCCCCUAUCGGGCAUCAGCAAGCUGUCCCCGGACAGGAAGCCUUCCCGCGGCCGCCUGCCCUCCAAGACGAAAAAGGAGUUCAUCUGCAAGUUCUGCGGCAGGCACUUCACCAAGUCCUAUAACCUCCUCAUCCACGAGCGAACCCACACGGACGAGCGGCCUUACACCUGCGACAUCUGCCACAAGGCUUUCCGGAGGCAGGACCACCUGCGGGACCACCGGUACAUCCAUUCCAAAGAGAAACCCUUCAAGUGCCAGGAGUGCGGGAAGGGCUUCUGCCAAUCCAGGACCCUGGCGGUCCACAAAACCCUACACAUGCAGGAAUCUCCACACAAAUGCCCCACAUGUGGAAGAACCUUUAAUCAAAGAAGUAACCUGAAAACUCACCUUCUUACCCAUACAGACAUCAAGCCCUACAACUGUGAGCAGUGCGGCAAAGUGUUCAGGCGAAACUGUGAUCUACGGCGGCACAGUCUAACUCACACCCCGCGGCAGGACUUCUAG